AUGAACUGCACAGUUAUCCAGUGCCCACGUGGCCCUCGUGGACCGCCUGGUAGCAACGGAGUGCCAGCGGAAGAUGGAUUACCUGGAGUUCCAGGACGUCCUGGAAUAGAUGGAGUAUUUUUAGGGGAAGAGACAGUCUGCCCACCCUGCCCGCCAGGGCCUCGUGGAGAGGAUGGACCACGAGGAGAGCAAGGUGAGCAGGGAAGACAAGGUGCAGCUGGAUUACCCGGAACUGAUGGAACAAACGAACCAGGUCCCAUUGGAGCACCUGGAAAUAGAGGUCAAUCAGGGAGACCUGGCAAACAAGGCAUCCCAGGUGAACCUGGACAAGAUGCAGUUCAGCUCAUCGGUGUACCUGGACCAAAAGGAGAACAGGGACCGCCUGGCUUUCCUGGUCCACGUGGUGAUCCAGGCCUUAGUGGACUGCCUGCUCCUCCAGGGUUGGAAGGGCCGCCUGGAUCUCUUGGAGAAACGGGUGAUCAAGGUGAAUUCGGAUUACGUGGCGCUCCAGGACGCAAGGGUCUCCCUGGAGAAGAUGGAGGAUACUGUCAAUGUCCUCCUAGAGAAGGAACCGGAGUGGCAAACCGUGCCGGCACACAAAGCAUACCUGGCAGUUGGGAGGAAUAUCCACAACCUCGAAAUCAGUACACAAAGGAGAAGCCACCGUUGUCAGUGAAGCCACAGUUCACUGAGGACGAAUAUAUUGAAUAUCAACGCAGAAAGAAAAACAAGCACUAUAGGGAUUCCCCUCAGGCACACAUCUGGUAUGUUGCUCUGUUUCAUUUGUGA